AUGACAAACAAGCUUGCAACAAGGGAGUGGAUAGCCCCUAAGUUGGUCCCACUUGUCAGGAUCCAACCAGAUGUAACUGGACAAGUAGCAUAUGACUACAUGAUCCACAGGUAUAAGGUAAAGAUGAAUGAUGCCAUGGUAUCUAGGGCUCUGAAAUUGGCUCAUGAAAUCUGUGAAGGCCAAGAGAAUGAGCAAUAUGCAAAGUUGCGUGAUUAUGCUAAUGAGCUAUUAAAGAGAAAUUCUAGAUCAACUAUUCGCUUGCAAUGUACACCAUAUACUCAUGAGUUUUACAGAAUGUAUAUCUGUUUGGAAGCUUGCAAAAUGGGCUUUUUGACUGGGUGUAGACCCCUGAUUAACUUGGAUGGUCGCUUCUUCAAGGGAUAUUAUAGUAGACAAUUGCUAUCUGCUGUGAGUCAAGAUGGGAACAACUCUUUUUAUGUGAUAGCAUACGACAUUGUGAAUGUGGAGAACAAGGAAAACUGGAUUUGGUUUCUUGAAAACCUAGCGAAUGAUCUGGGGGAUCUAGUGGAGAAGGGGUUCACUUUUAUUUCUGAUAGACAAAAGCUAACCAAUCUUGGAUUGGAUAGUGCUUUGCAGCUGAAUAAGGAUGCUGCAAAAUGGCUGAAUGACAUCCCUGCAGAUAGGUGGAGCAGGUCAGCCUUUGACACUGUAUGCAAGAAUCAGGCUGUCACAUCCAAUAUGUGUGAGAAGUUCAAUGGGGCAAUCCUCAAAUAUAAGGGCAAGCCCAUAAUUACGAUGUUUGAAGGGGUAAGGAUGUAUAUCACUAGAAAGAUGGUGAAGACACAGGCAUUGAUUGCCAAGAGCCAAGGACCCCUCUGUAAACAAGUCCAAAUGAAGCUUGAUAAAUUGCAUAAGAAGGCAAUCUAUUGGACUCCUCACUGGUCAGAGGAUCCCAAUAGAGCAAAGUUUGAGGUAACUUGUCCUCCCCAUUCAAAGUGUGCUGUUGACUUGAAAGAGAUGACAUGUUCAUGCAGAUCUUGGGAGUUGUCUGGCAUUCCAUGUGAGCAUGCCAUUGCUUGUAUCGGCCACAAUGCUGGUGAGAGAUUUUGGGAGACAACUGGUUUUGACCCUAUCCAAACUCCCAUUGUGAAGAGAAAACCAGGAAAACCAAAAACCAAGAGAAAGAAGUCACCGGAAGAAGACUCUAAUCCUCACAAGAUGAAGAGGAAGCUUGGCCCUCCUAGGUGCUCCAGAUGCAAACAGGUUGGACAUAAGAAGACCAGUUGCAAGGCUAACUUAGGUGAUGGGGACACAGUUGCUGCUACUAACAAAACAAGGCCAUCUGAUGUGCCAGUUGAUGGUGCAAAUGAGGAAACCAGAGCAUCUUAG